AUGAAUGAGGCACUAACAAUUGGCCAGGCGAUAUUAGGUGUUUCAGACCUGUCGGUUAUCUCGUCAAAACGGAUUAGGAGGAGUCUUCAAGAAUUGUUGAAUCAGGAUCUGACUGCGUAUAAGAAGGAACUCGAUAAUGUGAUUGUCGAGAGGUUUGUUCUUAUUCAGGAGAAGAGGAAUCAUGCUGAUACGAAUUCAGAAGACGGUCAGAAGACUGGUGUACAGAAUCCAAGAAAUGGGACUGAUCAUGAGAAACCUAGUAAUGGACACAGCAGUAAUGGUACUGACAGCCACAAGAACUCACAGAAAAACCAUCAGAGUCAGACGACGAAUGGAACGGCAAGGAAAACUGUUGCCAGUGGUCCUGGCAGCGACCCUCUGUCGUCUCCGAAUUCAUCUCUAUCUGACAGUUCGUCGGCUGUGACAGGUUUAAACACUCCGGCCAAAUCAGUAUCGUCUAAGACGACAACUGCUUCAAAAUCGUCAAAACCGAAACCGAGCGUUAAGAGGUCUGUGGAUGACGAUGCCGAGAUGGCUGCCAAAUUACAUGCUGAACUUAAUAGACCGUCAUUGCGACGAGAAACAAGACAGCCUGCUUCAAAACGAAGUCGAAAAACGAAGAAAAGAAGGGCUGACGACGAUUCUGACGAAGACAAGCCAAAACGCAAAGCCAACCCCAAUAAUCCGUUCAUGCGACCGGUGGUUCUGUCACCUGCUCUUAGUACAGUUCUUGGCGAGACCGAGAUGCCUCGACCACACAUUGUCAAGGCUCUGUGGAAAUAUAUCAAAGAACACAAGCUGCAGAACCCCGAAAACAUGAAGGAAAUCAUCUGCGACGACACUCUCCGGCCUGUUUUUGGUUCCAGUAAGUGUGGCACACCUGCCUCCGGCGGCUGGGGCUCUGCCCCAGACCCCGUGGCUCCUCUCGCUCCGCUCGAGUCGGUUGCGAGGGGUCUCUAA